AUGUGUUUGUGCAUCUUUCAACUGAUUCAUGUUCCCACCCAUAUAAAAUGGAAUGGAUCAAUCCGACUAGGAUCCCAGGCUACAGUGGCGCGAAGCAUUGGUGAGAUGGGCCACAAAAUCCGUUCAAAAAAGGCUCCAUUUGCUAAUCUGGCGAACAUUAUAUUUGAGUGA